AUGGCUGCAUUCACCGUCCCUUUUCCAGUACGGAAGGCUACGAAGAAAGUCGAGAAUGAGUGGAAGACAUGGCGGCUGAGCAGAUGGUAUACGGUAGGCCUACUUCUCGUCGAGGCCUCCAUGAUCGUUGUUAUUCUCGUUCUAGAGCGCUACUCCGCAACGCACCAAGGCAUUGCCACUGUGCCGCAUGUCGAGACGGACCAGGACUUUCGUCUUUCCAUAAUCAGCAUGUUCUGGACAUAUGGACUGCUCUGGACAGCAUUACCGUCGUUUUUGAUGGGCCUCUAUCGCAUUGGAUGGGACGCAAUAGUCAUGGCGACUGCCGAAAGGCAGCCAUAUGUUGAGAUCAACCGUGACGAGCAGGAUGCGAGCACAGCUCGAGAGACCAUAAUGCUGGACUAUCGCACUUAUCCUCUUCUUUACAAUUGGCUUGUCGCCUUUCGGCUGAAGCAUGUCUUGAUAGGAUGUGCAAUGAUGCUCAGUUCGGUGCUUUCCAUUGCACUUGUGCCACUUGCAUCACACAUUCUUGCCUCAGCGCCGGCGAUAAUAACGUCUGAGUAUCAAGUCACCAUUCCAUAUACCUUUGAUUCCGCCCCGCUGGCGAGCCUCGAUUUGGAGACGUUCAUCAGCAUGGCCAAGUCAACGCAAGCCUACGGAGCGGAGCCACCGCCGUGGUCCAUGUCAAAGUACGCAUUCGAGGCCAUCAAUCUCACGGAUAUUGACACGCGUCAGAACUACACUAUCCCAGUGAAUGCAUAUUACGGCCAGGUCGAUUGCAAACUCUUAAACGUUCCGCCGCCAAGUAUUUCGUCGAACUCCUUGAACCAAACCGUCCUCAGUUUCAAUAUCACUGAUCGUGGAUGUGUAAUUAUGCCAGUGCAAGUCUACAUCUCAGAAAAUUCUCCUUCCAUUGUCGCGCGAACUUGGGAGUCCAUCUCUUGCGGCGAAGCGGCGCACACGAGCCGAGUCAUGAUUUUAACAGGAAAGCCAACAUCACUGUCUGAGAUGUCAAACCUGACCGUAGUCUCCUGCAUACCCAGUUAUUGGAAAACGUCUGGUUUGCUUAGUAUUAGGGUCGAGAAAAGGUCCAGUCCAACCGUCGAUAAGUUUGAUGAAGAUACAGCGAACAAAACCGAGUUUCGUCCCUUCGGCGCAAACAUAUUUGAGCCGGACUUGACGAGCUAUACGCAACUCGAUCCGAAGGGAACAUUUCAAACAGACUUAUUUGCAGCCACCGUGUAUGAAGUUGCCAAGAAAUCAAACCCAGCGGAUCCUCUAGACUCAAAUACUCUGAAGACAGCGAUGGAGUCUGUCUGGCCUUCCAUUUUUGCAUAUGUGACGGCAAUAUCGUUGAUACAAAGUCCGAUGGAGCGAACUGUGGAGGCCCAAGCGAGGAGAUUCGAGACGAGACUGUUCGUUGUGCCUCCAGUAGCGUGGACCAUUGUCAUUGUCAUGAUUCUAGUACUUAUAUGCAACGCGUUGCUCAUCUUGCAUGCCGAACUCAACCACUCAAUCCUGCUAGAAGAACCAAUCGGCCUUCUGGGCGCGGCAGUUCUGCUCCAAAACAGCGACGUCGCCGGAUUAGUGGCUCAAGUGCGCGGCGAACCGCCGGACGAUAUCAAAGUGCGAGAGGAGAUCAAGAAGAAAGAUCUAGCAGGGUCGAGAUGUUGGUUUGACAGCACGACGAAGACUAUUCGACUCAGCGGGUUGGGAUGGAAUCCCUCCCCAAAUCCAACUUCGAGCUCAGGUUCAGGGUCGGCGUUAUCGGCCGUCAUCACAACGAACUCACCCCCUGCGACUCCGGCACCCGAUCCUCAUGUAUCUCCAGUGACAGUGGUUGAUCAAGGAACGGAAUCUUCUGGGCUGCCAGACACCGAAGUCACCACACAGCACGGGGAUGGGACGUUGGAAGACGACGCAGAGAGUCCACCUGUGCCUGAGACACAAUCAAGCUUGUGAACGAAUCGACGCAAACGUACGGCGGCAAGUCGCCCUUGCACUCCACUUCUCCCAAGACCAAAGCUUCGAGGUACAACUUAAGC